AACUUUAGAAGGGGACCAAGCUGAGGCGAAUAAAAGUCCAGUUUCUUCUCUCUCAGUUUACACUCGGCCAUUGAAUGCGAUGACUACGACAGGACUCGCCCAAGACCUUGUGGCUGUGGAGAAGAUGACUGCUGGUGAGAGCACCGUGAUAGAGAUGCUGCCUUCGGGUGACUUGAUGACCUCAGAGCUCCAGGUGCAGGUUGAUGAAAAAGGAGUUGAGUUUAUUGUUGCCAAUACUGCUGAGCUAAAGGAAAUACCACGACCUGCUGUACAAGCUGUAGCAACAAGUGUCACCCGGGGCAAGCGGCGAAACCAGAUGGCCUCGGAAACCGCUUCCCAGAAAGGGGGGAAGACUCAGACGUGCCCGUUCUGCAGCAAGGCCUUCUGUAAAAACUUUGACCUGCAGCAGCAUAUUCGCUCACACACAGGGGAAAAACCGUUUCAAUGUGUCAUCUGUGGUCGUGGCUUUGCCCAAAAGUCUAAUGUGAAAAAGCACAUGCAAACGCACAAGGUUUGGCCCAAUGGCUUGUCGUGUACACUGCCACCACAGCUUGUUUCAGAUGGCUCACAGUCAUCUGUGGAAGACCCUAACGGCAAGGAUGACAAUGCAGGAAUCAAGAAGGCGGUUACUGCAGAUGACGUAGCCCUGGUGAACAGCUAUAGCUGCCCAUUCUGUCCUUUUGUGGGGAAGACUUACUUUGAGCUCAAGAGUCACCUGACAUUCCAUAAGCAGGAAAAGGUGUUCAAGUGCAUAGUGGGAAAGUGUGGCGAGACAUUCACCGAGCUAGAUUCCUUCUUGAGUCACGCCAAGAGUCAUGAGAGCAACAUGAUGUAUCGUUGUGGUCACUGUCCACGCACUCUGGCCUCCUUGUAUGAACUCAAUGUCCACCAACUUACACAUUCACUUUGUGUGACCAGUGACAAUCGUAGCAUCAGUGUCACCAUUGGUCGGGGCACAACUGCUGCCAAGGCCAACAACAGGCCCCACCAGUGCCCUCACUGUCUCAAUCGAUAUGCUACGCCAGAAGCAUUAGCUCAUCACCAAGCCACCUGCAGUCCCAACUACCCAUGCCCAAUAUGCCGAAAAGUGUUCCCUUGUGAGCGAUAUCUUCGGCGCCAUUUAAUUGUUCAUCGAGCGUCAACACCCCACGUCUGCUCAGUGUGCCACAAAGGUUUCAAGACUGACCAUUACCUUAAGGUCCAUGCAGUUGUGCACUCUGCAGAGAAGCCUUUCCUCUGUUCCCAGUGUGGAGCUACAUACCGACAGGACAAGCUGAAACGGCACUACCUUGUUCAUGAAUCAGUCAAACGAUUCAAAUGCCCUUUUGCUGCGCACCUAGGCUGCCGCAAAGAGUUCACCCGUGCUGACAAGCUGAAAUCGCACUUAUUGACUCACAGUGGCGUGAGACCCUACGAGUGCCGCACAUGUGGUCGUGGUUUCACGCAGAAACAAAGGCUGCAUGAGCAUGAGAAACUUCACUCUGACGUUCGCUCAUAUCAGUGCACCAGUUGCCAGCAGAGCUUCUUGAACCGCAAAGCACUGGAUGACCAUGCAUGCGCUGGCGCAGCCCACCACAACCGACAGGCAUGGUCUGCGGCACUUCGAGGGCAGCGGCGGCGCUUUAACAGCCCAAGGGCAGUCAAAGCAAGAGCGCGAUUGGCAAAAGGGCGAUCGACUGCAGCUGAGGAUGGCGUGGAUGAACUUGCCGGCGAGCCUGUUGAGUUAGGUAAAGGUGUGGGUGAGAAACAGCUUGACUCUACUGGGCCCAAUUUGGAAGAAUUGGAAUGUGCAGAGGAUAUUCCAACAGCACACAUUGAGAUUAUUUCAGCAACAGGAGAUUUGGACACUGCAGUUGCUGCUGUGACACAGGUGUACCAGCCUGUAGAAGAAACCGUGGUGGUCAAUGGUGUAGAGGAAACUACUAUUUUAUAUGAAGCUGUAGACGAACCUUAUAGUGAGGUAGUUUAAGAAGCAUUGCAUAUUAUGACACAUCCUUCUGGCUGCUGGCAACUUGCCAAGCAUUCUUUUCAUCACGAGACACUACUUGGUGCUAAACAUAAAUUUUGAAGGCUUUUGUCGUGUUGAUGAC